AUGGAUGACGUGCAGCUUCUCCACCAGUACCUAGAAAAGAAAUCAGUUGAAGCUUCUGAAAGCCUAAAAAAUCACGAGUCUUCACAGACAUAUGCAGAACUUGCCAAAGUGGCACUUGCACAAGUAAUAAUAUUCAACAGGUGUUGUGUAGGAGAAGUUUCAAAAAUGACGCUCGAGUGCUUUAAGAAAAGAAACCAGACUGAGCUCCACAAGGACAUAGCUCUCGGUCUCUCUCCAUUUGAACAAAAAAUGUCCAAGCAUUUCAGCAGAGUAGAAAUCAUGGGCAAGAAAGGGAGAAAAGUUGUUAUUUUGUUCAAUCCUGAACUUGUCAGAACUAUUAAACUUAUUGUGGAGAAGAGAGAUGCAUGUGAAGUAGACGGGGAAAACCCCUUCCUAUUUGGAAGACCAAAGUGCUCACCCACCAGCUUCUUCAGAGGACAGGACUGCAUCAGGCUUUUUGCAAGUCAGUGUGGUGCGAAGAACCCAGAACAUCUCAGGUCUACACAGCUCCGCAAGCAAGUGGCAACAAUGUCCCAGAUUCUCAGUCUUAAGGAUAACGAGCUGGACCAACUUGCCAACUUUUUGGGCCAUGACAUUCGAGUCCAUAGAAACUAUUAUCGGUUGCCAGAUGCAACUAUAGAGAUUGCAAAAAUCUCAAAGCUGCUACUAGCGUAA